CUGAAAGGAUCCUUCCUUUUUCCUUCCCUUCCACACAAAAACAUCAUCUUUCUCUCUCUCUCUCCCUCUCUCCCUCUCUCUCACACACACACGCGCACAUCACACACACACACUCUCUCGCUCUCUCCUUUCCCGAUUGCACUGUACGAACACGAUUUGAGAUGGGGAUAUACCUCAGCACCCCGAAAACAGAGAAGGCCUCUGAAGAUGGUGAGAAUGACAAGCUUCGAUACGGUUUGUCUUCCAUGCAGGGUUGGCGUGCUUCCAUGGAGGAUGCUCAUGCAGCUCAUCCAUAUUUGGAUGAUUCUACGGCUUACUUUGGUGUUUAUGAUGGCCAUGGAGGCAAAGCAGUUUCGAAAUUCUGUGCCAAGUAUCUUCACCUGCAGGUGCUUAAGCAUGAAGCUUACUUAGCUGGAGAUUUAGGCACAUCUUUACAGAAAUCUUUCCUCAGAAUGGAUGAGAUGAUGCGCGGACAAAGAGGGUGGAGAGAAUUAGCAGUCUUGGGAGAUAAAAUAGAAAAGUUAUCUGGUAUGCUAGAGGGGUUUAUAUGGUCUCCCAGGAGUAGUGAAGCCAAUGACCGAGUUGAUGAUUGGGCUUUUGAGGAGGGACCCCAUUCUGAUUUCAGUGGACCGAACUGUGGAAGUACAGCUUGUGUGGCUGUCAUCCAAGGAAACAAACUUGUAGUCGCAAAUGCUGGUGAUUCUAGAUGUGUGUUAUCAAGGAAGGGCCAGGCACACAAUUUGUCUAAAGAUCACAAGCCUGACCUUGAGGCUGAGAAAGACAGGAUUCUAAAAGCUGGUGGUUUCAUCCAAGUUGGACGUGUCAAUGGAAGUUUAAACUUGGCUAGAGCAAUUGGAGACAUGGAAUUCAAGCAGAACAAGUAUUUGCCUGCUGAAAAGCAGAUUGUGACUGCUGAUCCGGACAUAACUUCUGUUGAGCUUUGCGAUGAUGACGAGUUUCUUGUAAUAGCUUGUGAUGGGAUAUGGGAUUGCAUGUCUAGCCAACAGCUUGUGGACUUUAUACAUGGACAGUUAAAGACAGAGAAUAAACUUUCUGUGGUUUGUGAGAAAGUAUUUGAUAGGUGCUUGGCACCAACAGCUGGUGGCGAGGGAUGUGAUAACAUGACCAUGAUCUUGAUUCAGUUCAAAAAUCCUUCGAAUACAGGUGGUGCUGUCACAAACCAACCUCAGUCGUCUGAUCAACCAUCCGAAGCUGAUAGAAGUUCAGAGAAAAUAGAAACGAAGUGAGAAAGAAUUUCAGACCCGAGUAUAUGGCCAUCAAAUUUCGUACUGCAUGUUGAAGCAAUGGUGGGCAGAGGUGUUCAUGGGUAACAUUUCAUAUCCAGAUUCCUGGAUGUUGAUUCUCAAAUAGGGGAUUGUAAAUUUGUGAAAAACUGCUAGUUGAUGGGGUUAUUGACUUUGUACAUAAGUGGUGUGGGUGUCUAAAAUAUGAAGGGGAUAAAAUGGUUCAGCAAGCAUGCUGGUAGACCGUUACAUGGAUGGCUAAAAUAACCUUUUGGAAAAUUACCAAUGGUCGUUAACCGGAAGAACACGUAAAACAACGUGUCUGGAUUCCGUAGUCAUAUUCGUUAUCCGUGAUCUGGAUAAGAUGUUUCUUAAGGAUUCAGUGCGAUGUAUGGAAUUUUUUUGUUUGUGCACUCUAAAGACCCCCUAGUUGGUUCAUACACCUGUGAUCCACUUGACAUGACUGUUAUUGUUGUUAAUUUUCUAUUUUGGAGAUGAUACUUCCUCGUUAAUUUAUUGACCGAUUAUA